AUGAGAGGCGACGGACAAGCGGAACUUGAGGAUGGGAGGGUGUUUGAUAUCGCAACCAAUCUCUUUGUUCUCUUCUUCUUCUUCAGGACCUGCCAAUGCGGGUCCGGGACCUCCAUACCUAGGCAAGGCCACCCUACAGGUCCCAAGGGCCGUAGGGACCACAGCCCUGCAGACGCUACAACCACCAAAGACAGCACGCCCCCUCUUGAUCUGCGCCCUUCUCACACCCAGCGUAGCCCAUCCUAUCGCACCUCCCUUUCUCUACAGCCUUGCCGUGACAAGAACAAGAGAGAGAACUGGAAUGUUCGGUCGACAGAUCUCAUGGCCAAAGUCGAAAAACUCCUUCCUCUGAUGGGGUUGAUUGCCGACGCCAUGUGUGGGUCGUAUGGCUCUCGACUGAGGCAUCAGCCAGCGGCACUCAGAAUCCUUCAAGCGGAGCCUCCUCCACCACUCGACAGCCGUCACCCAACACCCAACGCCCAGACUGGAAUGGACAAUGCUGAGAACAUGGGCGGGCAGGCAAUCCAAAGCCGAGAGCCUGAUUCGUUCUUCGGGAAUCCCGGAGCGAACCCUCUCCAAAACCAAGACGACAGGCCUGCUGAGCGGCCACACCUCGUCAAGCGCUUGGGCUCGAAGAUCCCGUCCUUCUUCAAGCGAAGUUGA